AUGGAGGAUAAUUUGAAUACUUUGAUUGUUGCUUUUUCUCCUUGUCUUGGCAAACAGGAUGGAUGGAAAUGGAAGAGUGCAGCGGAAGGAAUUUUUUCGACCAAAGAGGCAUAUGCGGAGUGCGCUAAGGCAGUAGGAGAGCGGGCCGUGGUUCUCAAAGAAGAAAGCAAGCAACUGUUGACGGCUCAGGCACCACAUAAGGCUAGAGUGACAGCAUGGAGAGCCAUUUGCAAUAGGUUACCAACCUGUGACAACCUACUCAAAAGGAAAGUACAGAUUCCGGAUGAAGAAAAGUGGUGUAAUGCGUGCGUGACGAGGGAGGAAACGGUUGUCCAUUCUUUACUCCAUUGUCCGAAGGUUGAUCGUGUGUGGGAUCACAUUCAUCAGUGGAUCGGCAUCGAAACCACGAAACCACAAAGACUGGUGGAGCAUUUCAAGUCCUUCACAGGAGGGGGUAGAGGUACGAAAAAUACGGCCUUCCUUAAAGCUUUAUGGAUUGCUACAGUGUGGCUGUUGUGGAGAUACAGAAAUGAUAGUAGGUUUGAGAAUAAGAAUUGGGAGGUGUCCAAGAUUGCUAAAGAUAUCAAAGGUAACUUGUGGAGCUGGAAUCAGCUUUUUCAUAUUGUAGAGUCAAAUGUUUCUUUUUCGGGUUGGUGCUCCAAUGAGUACUCACCCCUUGUGUAA